GGAUGUAAUGUGACACUGGAGCAGAGAGAUCAUGAGAGAACACAACAUACUUCAACAGCGCGGCGGAUAUUAUCACUCCUCCUCCGGCGGGAUUUAACCGGUCAGAUGAGCAACUGAUGGAUUCGUAGCGUUUUCCUGUUCGGUCCUGUGGACGCAGAACAUACACAGGAAAGGCCUCAUUUCCUGAGGCUGAUCUGAAUCAGAGUCACAGAGGACGCACUACUGAAUGAGUAUUACAGUGAACAGAGUGAACAGGACGGGAGAACCUUGGGUCUGAGCGUUGGAUGGCCGGGCGGUAGGGUCAGAGACGGUCCGGCAGGAUGAAUUCUCUCCAGUCCAUGGACAGACACAUCCAGCAAACCAACGACCGGCUCCACUGCAUCAAACAACACCUGCAAAAUCCAGCAAAUUUCCAGACGGCGGCGACGGAGCUGUUGGACUGGUGUGGAGAUCCACGAGCGUUUCAGCGGCCCUUUGAGCAAAGCCUGAUGGGAUGCCUAACGGUGGUGAGUCGUGUCGCGGGUCAGCAGGGUUAUGACAUGGACCUGGGGUAUCGGCUGCUGGCCGUUUGUGCUGCAAACAGGGACAAAUUCACCCCCAAAUCAGCAGCGUUGCUGUCCUCGUGGUGUGAGGAUCUGGGUCGACUUCUGCUGCUGCGUCAUCAGAAAAGCAGACAACCCGAUCCAUCUGUGGGCAAGAACCCGAUGCAGGCCAACAUCAACAAUAUGAAACCGACGCUGUCACACGGUGAUACACCAUUUCAAUAUGACUCCGUCUCCUGGCAACAAAACACCAAUCAGCCACCUGGUUCUGUUUCCGUGGUGACCACUGUGUGGGGUGUCACCAAUACAUCACAGAGUCAGGUGUUGGGAAACCCCAUGGUGAACCCAAACAGCCACAUGAACCCUAUGACGGGAGGUAAUGGAGGUAUGAACCCGGGACAGUUUACUGGACAGCAGCAGUUUUCCUCCAAGGCCAAUCCAAACCAGGCCUACAUGCAGCCAGGGAUGUACGGGAGAUCCAGUUACGCUGGAGGAGGAGGAGGAUUCGGGAACAGUUACGGGGGCGGUCCUAACCACACAGGUGGGAUGGGCCUGCCUGCACAGACACGCCCCCCUUCUGACUUCAGCCAACCAGCUGCUGCCGCCGCCGCCGCUGCUGUGGCUGCUGCUGCUGCUACGGCGACCGCUACGGCCACGGCGACGGUCGCCGCGCUACAGGAGACGCAACACAAGGACAUGAACCAAUACGGCCCGAUGUGUUCAUCCUUUCAAAUGGGACCAAACCAGGCUUACAGCACUCCGUUUGUGAAUCAGCCCGGCCCCCGGGGGCCCCCUGCUCACCCUGGGGCCAUGAACAUGGGGCAGCCGCGGGGCCAGAUGGGGCCGUACGGGGGUCAGAGGACGCCCCAGCAGGGCUACGGGCCACGGCCAGUGCAGGGGGUAAAGAGACCGUAUCCUGGAGAGGGGAGCUACGGGCAGCAGUAUGGACCAAACGGGCAGUUUUCCUCUCAGCAGGGUCAGUAUCCGAACCCUGCCGUCAGCAGAGGCGUCUCGUCACCGCAUUACCCCGCUCAGAGGAUGCCCGCACAGCCCGGGACGCCCGCACAGUACCAGACCGCCGGCAUGGGACAGUUCUACAAGGAACCCAGCAAUAACUUCAACACGGGAAACUUUCAUUACAUUGGGCCUCCGCGGCCGGUGGGCAGUUACCCUCACUCUCCAUUACCGGGCGACCCCACGCCCCCCGUGACCCCAGGAAGUAAUAUACCACCGUAUCUGUCGCCGAACCAGGACAUGAAGCCCCCGUUUCCUCCUGAUAUCAAACCCAACAUUAAUGCACUGCCGCCUCCUCCAGGUAACCCUAAUGAGGAGCUCCGGCUGACGUUCCCGGUUCGGGACGGUGUGGUUCUGGAGCCGUUCAGACUGGAACAUAACCUGGCCGUCAGUAAUCACAUCUUCCACCUGCGGCCCACCGUCCACCAGAUGCUCAUGUGGAGGUCUGAUCUGGAGCUUCAGUUCAAGUGUUAUCAUCAUGAAGACAGGCAGACGUACACGAACUGGCCGGCGUCGGUGCAGGUCAGCGUCAACGCCACACCGCUGACCAUCGAACGGGGCGACAACAAGACUUCCCACAAAGCCCUGCACCUGAAGCACGUGUGUCAGCCGGGCCGAAACACCAUCCAGAUCACAGUGACGGCCUGCUGCUGUUCGCACCUGUUUGUCCUUCAGCUGGUUCACCGGCCGUCGGUUCGAUCGGUGCUGCAGGGUUUACUGAGGAAGAGACUCCUCACCGCCGAACACUGCAUCACUAAAGUGAAGAGGAACUUCAGCAGUGUGGCCGUGUCUGUCGCCGGUGCCGGUCUGAAUGGUGAUGAUGGAGUGGAACAAACGGCCAUCAAAAUCUCUCUAAAAUGUCCAAUCACGUUCAGGCGCAUUCAGCUGCCGGCGAGAGGCCACGACUGCAAACAUGUGCAGUGCUUUGACCUGGAGUCCUAUCUAGAGCUGAACUGUGAGCGGGGCACGUGGAGAUGUCCGGUGUGCAAUAAAGCGGCUCUGUUAGAAGGUCUGGAGGUGGAUCAGUACAUGUGGGGGAUCUUGAACGCUCUUCAGAACUCAGAGUUUGAGGAGAUCACGAUAGACCCAUCCUGCAGCUGGAGGCCGGUGCGGAUCAAAGCUGAGCCGCACAUAAAGGAAGAUCCGGACGGGAUGAUGUCCAAGCGCUUCAAAACCACGAGUCCCAGUCAGAUGGUGCUGCCCAACGUGAUGGACAUGAUCGCUCAGCUCGGCCCGGGAGCGUCUCCAUACCCCAACCCACAGCAGCAGAACAACAGCACUAUCCAGUACAUCAGCCCAGGCAACCGUUUCCAGGGCCACAGUAAGUUUGGUGACUAUCCCCAUGGCAACGCAGCAUCAUCAUCAGUGAGUGAGUUCGUUCAGGGGCCGCACCUGUCUCACCCCCCCGCUGACCUCUCGACCUCUGAGAGCCUGUCGCACACGCUGCAGGACGCCACGCCUCACCCCCUCAACACAGAUCAAUCCCACAAUCCUCUGCAGCACAGUAUGCAGCCGUUACAUCACAGCGGCCCGCCCCGUGCCUGCAGGCCGCCGCCCAGCCAGCACAGCUCCGCCCCCAGUGGCCACAUGCACCCAGAGAUGACCUUUAACCCCUCAGCCAACCUGGAGGGUCAGUGUGGAGGUCAGAGCAGCGCAGACAUGCGCGAGGCCUCCUUAGAUCUGCUGCCAGAUCUGAUGAAUCCCGACGAUCUUCUGUCGUACCUGGAUCCUCCAGACCUUCCCAGCAGCAGCAACGACGACCUGCUGUCUCUCUUUGAGAAUAACUGAGACGUCAGACCCUCGACUAGCAGCUCCUCCAUACUUGACAAACACAAAUGCACUUACCGUCACUUCCUCUUCCUGUACAGACUACAGAUUUCAAAACCAGCGUUGACAGACAGACGGACGCCGACAGAAACCAUGAUCUCUGCAUCCAGAUACCUUAUUUUUAUCUGUCAGAACGACAGAAAGCAUUUCGAUUAUCGCUCAAUGUUUUCAAAACCAAAUGAACGUGAGAAAUGCGGAGCUGCAAUGAACAAAUUCAGUCUUUUUUGAGCGUGAAUCUAGUCAAUAUGUGUGGUAGCAUUUUUCUACUCGCUUUGAUUUUGAUACGAAGAACCAGACAAACAUCCGUCCGCUGUCGAACUGUGUUCAUGUUACUCCUCCACGUCUGAUAAGCUGUUUUUGUUCAUCGUUUUAACGUUCAGCAGCGUUUCAGUGGCGAUUCUCAAACGUUUCUCGAAGCACAGCUCUUAUUCAAAAUAAAUCACGUUGUUUAGAAACGUAAAGGGAAAAAAACGGAAAUCAAACUCACACUGUGCAAUUAUCCAUCUAGUUCACUUCUGUUCAUAAUGCAGUUAUUUUUGAGAAGCUCAUGUAAAUAUUUGUGAAUACGUUUGUUUUGAUUGGUCAUCCGUGUUUCUUCUGUCCAUGAAUAUUCAUGUGUGAAAUACAUGGGCUGCGUUCAGAAUGCAAUGCUAUACUGAACUAUAUCGCAUACUAUUUUAUAUAUUUGCAUUGAUAUUUACAUCAGCGUUCAAAAGUUUGGGGUCUGUAAGGUUUCUUAAUGUUUUUUAAAGGAGUCUCUCUUCUGCUCACCAAGUAAGACCAUUUCUGCCAUAUAAGAAAAAAAUCAUGCUUUGGUAAGUCAGAAUUAUGAGAUAAAAGUUCAAAUAAUGACGUGUCAGAUCAUGAGAUAAUCAUUAGAUAAAAAGUCAAAAUUAUUACAUGCAUAAACCAGUUAAAACUAUGAAAUAUGUCAAUUAUGAGAUAAAAAGUAAAAAAUUAUGACCAGAGUCUUAAAAAGUCAAAAUUAUCUCAUAAUACUGAGUCAAGUCAUAAUUAUGAGAUAAAAAGUUGAAAUUAAGUCGUAAAUUUAAAUUAUGACUAAGUCAUAAUUAUGAGAUAAUAAGUCGUAAUUAUGACAUACUAAAUUGAAAUUAUGGCAUUAGUCAAAAUUCUGAGAUAAAAAGCCAAAUUAUUACAUACAUAAACCAGUUAAAACUAUGAAAUAUGUCAAUUAUGAGAUAAAAAGUUAAAAAUUAUGACCCGAGUCUUAAAAAGUCAAAAUUAUCUCAUAAUACUGAGUCAAGUCAUAAUUAUGAGAUAAUAAGUCGUAAUUAUGACAUACUAAAUUGAAAUUAUGGCAUUAGUCAAAAUUAUGAGAUAAAAAGCCAAAUUAUUACAUACAUAAACCAGUUAAAACUAUGAAAUAUGUCAAUUAUGAGAUAAAAGUUAGAAAUUAUGACCCGAGUCUUAAAAGUCAAAAUUAUGACAUACAUAAACCAGUUAAAACUAUGAAAUAUGUCAAUUAUGAGAAAAAAGGUAAAAAUUAUGACCCGAGUCUUAAAAAGUCAAAAUUAUCUCAUAAUACUGAGUCAAGUCAUAAUUAUGAGAUAAAAAGUUGAAAUUAUGAUGUCGUGAAUUUAAAUUAUGACUAAGUCAUAAUUAUGAGAUAAUAAGUCGUAAUUAUGACAUACUAAAUUGAAAUUAUGGCAUUAGUCAAAAUUCUGAGAUAAAAAGCCAAAUUAUUACAUACAUAAACCAGUUAAAAAUUAUGAAAU